UGACCCUGAGGCUGACCAGUUGACAGACUAACGUGCGGGCCGAGCCGGCGCUGAGGCGAGCAGGGCAGCAAUGCUGAACAAGUUCCUGGGGCCACGCUACAAGGAGCUGGUCAAGUACUGGCUUCCCACAGCAGGCACAUGGAGUGCUGUUGGUGCCGUGGGGCUGGUUUGGGCCACUGACUGGCGUCUGAUUCUGGAUUGGGUACCAUACAUCAAUGGCAAAUUUAAGAAGGACAAUUAAGCUAUCUUUUCAAUCUUAUGGUCUAGGGAUGGAAGACUUCUUGGGGACUGCUCUUCUCGGGGAAUCCUGAUCGGACACAGAUGUGAAAUGCUCAGAAUGGACUCCAAGGACCUUGAUGUCUUUAAAUGAGCAACUUUGAUGUAUACUUGUAUUGGAAUAAUUAAACCUCCCUCUGAAACAUGAAAAAAAAAA